UUUGGUUACUAUUAGUUCGACGACGGAGGUGGUUACUGGUGGUAUGAUGGGAAGAAGGUUGUGAGUGUUUGCUAUAUUUGUAAACAGUCGAACCUUUAACACGAUGUCGCAGGAAGAGGAACUUAUCGCCAAAAGAGCCAGGAUGAAAGCUGCUUUAAAGGCUCAAUUUAUCAAGCAGCAAUACAAUCCCUACCGUUUCAUCAAUGGCAACGAACCAAUUUUCGAUCCUGCAAUUCAACGCUGGAUGGCCAUGAAGGCCACAACAAAUGAGUUCUUCAGACCGACUCCCAAAACUUCGCUCAUCGGCUUCCUGAACGUGGUGCCAAUUGGAAUACUUUUUUAUUUCCUCUACACUUCAAGGCUCGAAAAGGAGCGUAUCUACCGGUCGGGCCAAAUGUCAUACCGGGACCGACGUUUUAAAUUUACUUAGAAGAAACUAAAAUUAUUGCAUUGCAAUAUGUCAAUGUUUUGUAGAUAAAAGAAAUUAAUAAAGCGCCUCCAGAACUAGU